AUGCAUGUUACCGCGAGAGGGAUGCGUCCCUGGUGCAUGAUCCACCGCUUCUGCCAUAAAUGUAAAUGUAAUGUAAUGUAAUGUAAUGUCAUCCACGGAGAAACUGGUCCGAUGUGGGACUUACUCAGCCGAACCGGACAGCGCUCGUUUCACUCACUUUCAAGCCUCGCGGCGGGGCUUUUGCUCCAGUGUUUGUGUCUCUAUUUUAUAACUUUACAUUGUCCGGGAUGAGUCUGAUGGCUCUCAGCUGCUGCCUGCCUACUUUCCGUACGUUUCGCAGAGAUUGCGUAGUUCGGUGCUGAUGAAACUUGUUUGGUGGGACUGGUGUAAGGGUGCUGGAGCACCCAUUCGGGAAAGGGCGCAGGACGGGCUGACAACUGCAGGAAAACGCCCUCAAGUCCGCCAGCUGCAGCGCUCGCAUCAGCCUUUGACUGUAUCUCCGCUUUAAAGACCCGAUCCUUUUUGAAACAGGGUUCGGUAUGCCAAACUUUUCAGUCGUAUAAGCUUCUAAACACUUAAUGAAGAAGGCUGUUUUAUCUCAGGCUCAACGCCUUCAAACACGGUCAGACAGUGGGACAGUUUUACCACCUUCAUCACGAAAAUGAAGCUUUUACUGUAAAGUAGUUGCUAAUGUGCAGUCUGCUUGUGUGUACAUAAUAGCUUAUAGUUACUCAAAAAGACUAUCGGCUUUAUAGCGUUCUUUUGGAAAAAGAAAAGGACGUUCUUCCUGAGGGAGGAGAAACUUCACAGGCAGAACGUUCAACUGAAGCCCUGGGUCCCGGUGGCCCUGUAUGAUAACCCUGGUUUUGGAGCGUGGUGAAACAGGCGGACCACAUAGGAUGUGCUAGAGGCUUGGCAGAGUGCGAGCUUGGCUGGAUUUCCAAUAUUCUGGUCUUUUCGGGACUACCGAGAGGGACGCCGCCAUGGGGAGAAAGAAGAUCCAGAUCACCAGGAUUAUGGAUGAGCGCAACAGGCAGGUGACGUUCACGAAGAGGAAGUUCGGCCUGAUGAAGAAGGCCUACGAACUGAGCGUGCUCUGCGACUGUGAGAUCGCCCUCAUCAUCUUCAACAGCUCCAACAAACUCUUCCAGUACGCCAGCACCGACAUGGACAAGGUCCUGCUGAAGUACACAGAGUACAACGAGCCCCACGAGAGCAGGACCAACUCUGACAUCGUGGAGGCCCUGAAUAAAAAGGAGCACAGAGGCUGCGACAGCCCAGACCCGGAUGCCUCCUACGUCCUCACGCCUCACACUGAAGAGAAAUAUAAAAAGAUCAACGAGGAGUUCGACAAUAUGAUGAGGAGUCAUAAGAUGCCCGCCGCCCUGCCCCAGCAGAACUUCUCAAUGCAUGUGGCCGUCCCAGUGACGAACCCCAGCCUGGCCUACAGUCCCGGUGGCUCCUUGGGCGAUGCCGGAAUGCUCUCCCCAACACAGGGUUCUCUUCACAGGAGCGUCAUGUCCCCUGGUGCCCCCUCGAGGCCAUCCAGCACAGGGAGUGCAGGUAGCUUGCUGGUCACCACAGACCUCACAGCUCCCAACGGCACUGGCUCCAGCCCUGUAGGAAAUGGCUUUGUCAGCUCGCGAGGAUCUCCCAGCCUCCAGGGGAGCUCCGGCGGAAACGGCCUAGGGAAGACCAUGCCUGCCAAAUCGCCCCCGCCACCAGGGGGAGCCCUGGGGAUGGGCAGCCGAAAGCCAGAUCUGCGAGUGGUCAUCCCCCCGCCCAACAAGAGUGCCAUGGCACCCCAGAACCCUCAGAGGAUAAGCAGCUCCCAGUCCACGCAGUCCCUGGCCACACCGGUGGUCUCUGUGACCACACCCAGCCUGCCACCUCAGGGCCUGGUGUACUCCGCCAUGCCCACGGCGUACAAUACCGAUUACUCCCUGAGCGGCAGCGAGCUCUCCUCCAUCCAAGGCUUCGGCUCACCCGGGGGCCUGUCCCUGGGCUCCAUGUCGUCAUGGCAGCAGAAUCAGCUGGGUGCGGUGGCACAAGGCGCUCUGACCCACCUGCCUCACGGACCGGGCGGCUCUUCCAGCUCCAGUCAGAGUGUGAGCAUCAAGGCGGAGCCAGCAUCGCCCCCCCGCGACCGCACCACCCUGCCCGCCUUCCUGUCCCAGCCUCACCUGUCCUCACGCCAGGAAAUGGGCCGCUCACCUGCCGACAGCCUGAGCUCCUCUUGCAGCUCCUAUGACGGGAGCGACCGCGAAGACCCUCCCCGCGCUGACUUCCACCCCCCCCUGGGGCUGGGUCGGCCAGGAGCGGGAGCAGAGGAUCAGGAGGGUCCAUCUGUCAAACGCAUGCGUGUCGAUGCCUGGGUAACAUAGGUCAGCCCAGUAUUCUUCAUCAUCAUCUUCAUCAUCAUUAUUAUUCAUUUUUUAUAUCAUUUUUGCGGGUGGGAAAUGUUCAUCCAAAUGCGUCCAAGUAUCUUUAACACAUUAAAAAGAUGAGUCAGGCAACACGCAUAGAUUCAAACAGGAAUCAUCAGGUACUCCAGGCCAAUUUGCUGCCAGGUUCACACCAGUCCAGUCUUUAGGGGUGUGUCUACGGAAUAUAUUAAUACUCGUAGUCACUGGUCCAGUCCAGCACUUGUACAGAAUACUAUUUUCACAAGAAUAAUAGGAAGUAAAAUGUCGCCCUCUGGUGGACGGGUCUUGCUUGCAGCACCAGCUACGCUGAUUACAAGUUACAUGUUUUUGCCCCCCCCCUAAUCCCGAUUGCCUUGGAAAUUGCGGAUACGUCUUGCUAGCUGUCCGAGAAUCAGGUUGUGAGUUCGGGGGCUAUACGAAAUCUCUCAUGCAGCCCAUCAGGCUAAAGAGCAGCACGCGAUGAACUUGGAUUUAAAAGAUGAUCGUAAAUAUCAGUUUAGCUUUUUAUUUCAAUUGUUAAAGCAAUUAAAUUGAAUGAAACAAAAAAAAUCAUUUACCAUGAAAAAUAAUUAUGUUUGUGAAAAGUUUUUAGUUUAUUUGUUGUUAUUUUUAUUUCGCUUAAUGCAAAAACACAGACAUGCAAGCAAGACCUAGAAAUGGUAACUAAAGCCAUGAACACUCGUUGUUCUGUUUGUAAAUUAGAUUUCGAGCCAAAUUUUUGUCUUUGUUUUGUAUAUAGUAACUUUAAUAUAUAUAUCACAUUGGAGUAAGUACGUAUGUACUGUACCGUCACCAGAUUUAAGGAAAGAAGUAUAUUUUUGUGGAUUACCGCCGAGUUUACAGGGCGAAGUCCUUACUAAUAAUUAGGUUAUUCACUGGUUAAUAUUUACUAUUUUGUUAAAUAUGUUGUACUUCUAAAUGAUUAUUGUGAAUAACCCAUGUUUUUUCCGGAGUCUACUUUCCGGGUUUAAUUAGUGGUGAACGUUUGUCCUAAGAUAUUAGUAAUGACAGUGCUGUACGAUUAAACUUCACUGUAUCUUUUUGUGAAGGAGAAUUGUAAUGUUUUUGAAGUAUAAUUCCAGCAGAAACUGAGGAAUCUACUUAUAAUCCCAACGCGAAGGAUUGACCUACAGUUGCGCACUAUGCUGUCUGAUUUCCAUGUGAAAUGUCAUAGAAAUAUAUCCUACCUAAAUGGAAUUUAAAACGAAUAUCAAGGACACCAAUAAAACAUUUAUUGUGAGUUGA